AUGGCGAAUUUAUCUUACGGGAAUCGCAUGUUAAAAGCUGGACUUGAAAGUCAAGGCAUUUUGCAAAAGAAAGUAAAACGCCUGAAGCCUGAGGAAGAUGCCAAAUGGUGGUGUCAGGCUGGUCUUGACAAAGAUGGGUUCAAAGUAAGAUAUAUAUCUGACUAUAAAGGAUUUGGUGUAUUUGCCGAAAAAGACUUCAGAGCAGGGGAUUUUCUUCUAGAAUAUGUUGGAGAAAUAAUUACUGAAGAAGAGGCAUUUGAAAGGCAGAGAAAAUGUGAUGAAAAUAAUUUUUUUUUUUACAAGAACAAAGGAAAAAGUAUGUGUAUUGAUGCUUCAACUCAAGAUCAUAUAUGCCAGUAUGUCAAUGAUGGGAACAAGAUGGCUAAUGCUGUCAUGAAACUUUUGACUUUUGAGAGGCCUUGUCUAUGCUUGUUUGCUGUCAGAGAUAUUCAAGAGAAAGAAGAAAUACUGUAUAACUAUGGAGAUACUCAGAAUCUCUGGUGGAGAAAUAAGGUACAGAUAUUGAAGAAAGCAUAAUAAUUUCUCAAUCUACUGUGAUUGACUUGAUCCAUGAUAUCAAAUGUUCAAUGAACUGGAUUAAAUUUCUUUAGAUAUAAAGUUAUAUAAUGAUUUACCCUUGAAUUGAGGCAUUAAUACAAAUUUGAAAUUUGAUAACCAUGAAGAUGAAUAGUUUCAGUUUACAUUGUAUUUUGAGUUUUUCACCUCUCAACCUAUACUUGAAGUUUAUGGCUUUUCUCAUCCCAUGGAAGGAAAUGAUAUAUAUUAUUACUCAUUACUUGACUUCACCUAAGCCAUGAAUUGAUUGCUUUGUUUUACAUUCAUGUCAUUUCAUAGAAAAUUCAGUAUUAUGGACCAUUUUAUCUCACGUGGAACAGCAGUUUUAUGUGAGCUUUUCUGAUCACAAUUUUUCCGUUGUCUGUCCUUCGUAAAUUUUUUAAGUGUUAGACUUCUUCUCUGAAAUUGCUAGGCAAAUUUCAACCAAACAUGGCAGGAAGCAUUAUUGCGCGGUGGGGAUUCAAAUUUGUUCAA